CUUGCUCUUGCCCAGCCUGUUCCUGGCUCAUCCCUGUGCCAGCAGCUCAGCUGCUCUAUGGUUUUGUCUGUCCCCUCCUCCAGGUCCCCCCAAGGCUUUGGGACCCACUCAGCGUUCCCAGGAGCACAGCGGUGUUUGGGAGGAUCUGCCAGCCCACAGGGCAGUUUCCAGGGCCUGCAGGUUCCUUGGGAAUUACAGCCAGGAGAUAAGCUCUUCUAGUAAAGCAUGGAGACCCUGAGCAGUGAACUUCCAUGAGACUCAGGAGUCACAUCCAGCCACCAUUCCACAGGCUGGACAGAGGAAGUAAAAACAUCCCCUUCCCAAACUCCUCGAGCAGCAGAGCAGUCCUGGAAAGGUUAUUUUGGGAGGGGGAGAUGCUGUCUGCAGCUUAACAGAAACACACCAGGGAAAAGCCUUCCAUCACCUCCCAUGGGAUUCAAUUAUUGAUUGGUUUCUCCUUAUCUUGUGCCACGCUUGACUCAUGGGGUUAUUCAGCAAGAAUUUUCCACCUGAACUUUCCAGCUUGGAGCUGGGAGCCGCUGGGACAGGCCAGGGAACUCACCCAGAUUGCACCAGCAACACAGCAGAAGAGGCAAAGUACUUGGUGGGUGUUGGCAGAGCUGACUGCACGGGGCCCGUGGCACAGGUGCCUCUGAUGGGAUAUGCCAACCCCGACCAGCUGGGCGGGGGGCUCCUCUCACGCCUCUACAGCCGAGCCUUCAUCGUGGCAGAGCCCGAGGGCUCCCGGCGCGUCGUGUUCGUCAGCGCCGACAUCGGGAUGGUGUCCCAGAGAGUGAGGCUGGAGGUGCUGAAGCAGCUGCGGAGCAAGUACGGCAAGCUGUACCGGCAGGACAACGUCAUCCUCAGCGGGACCCACACGCACUCGGGGCCUGGAGGGUACUUCCAGUACACCCUCUUCUGGAUCACCAGCAAGGGGCUCGUCCGGCCAGCCCUCAGCUCCAUCGUGAAUGGCAUUGUGAAGAGCAUAGACAUUGCCCAUGAGAACAUGAAGAGAGGAAGGCUCUUUAUAAACAGAGGCACAGUAGAAAACAGCCAGAUCAACCGCAGCCCUUUCUCCUACCUCGCGAACCCGGAGUCCGAGCGGAAGAGGUAUUCAUCCAACACGGAUAAAGAAAUGGUGCUGCUGAAGAUGGUGGAUGAGAAUGGACACGAGCUGGGCCUCAUCAGCUGGUUUGCCGUGCACCCGGUGAGCAUGAACAACUCCAACCACCUGGUGAACAGUGACAACGUGGGCUAUGCCUCCUACCUGUUUGAGCAGGAGAAGAACAAGGGAAAGCUCCCGGGAGAGGGCUCCUUCGUGGCCGCCUUUGCCUCAUCCAACCUGGGAGACGUGUCCCCCAACACGCGGGGCCCCUUCUGCGCCAACACGGGCGAGUCGUGUGACAACCCCCAGAGCAGCUGUCCCGUCGGAGGGGCAGCCAUGUGCAUGGCCAAGGGGCCCGGCAACGAUAUGUUUGAGAGCACCAGGAUUAUAGGGCAAAACCUCUACUUGAAAGCAAAGGAGCUGUAUGACAAAGCCUCCCAGGAGGUGACAGGACCCCUGAGCUCAGCCCACCAGUGGGUGAAAAUGAGCAACGUGUCCGUGGAGCUCAACGCCACGCACACGGUCAAAACCUGCAAACCAGCCCUGGGGCACAGCUUUGCUGCGGGGACUAUUGAUGGAGUGGGGGCUUUCAACUUCACCCAAGGCUCAGUGGAAGGGGACCCGUUUUGGGAUCAAAUCCGGGACCAGCUGCUGGGAGUGCCAUCGAACGAGACCAUAGCCUGCCACAAGCCCAAGCCCAUCCUCUUCAACACGGGAGAGAUGAACUGGCCCCACCCCUGGCACCCGGACAUCGUGGAUGUGCAGAUUGCUGCCAUCGGGUCCCUGGCAAUCCUUGCUGUGCCCGGGGAGUUCACGACCAUGUCUGGACGCAGGCUGAGGGAGGCUGUUCAAAGGGAAUUUAAUUCCCAUGGGACACGAGGGAUGAACGUUGUGAUUGCAGGUCUGUGCAAUGUCUACACCCACUACAUCACCACCUAUGAGGAAUACCAGGUUCAACGAUACGAGGCUGCCUCCACUAUUUAUGGGCCACACACCCUUUCUGCUUACAUCCAGCUGUUCAGGGGCCUGGCCAAGGCUAUUGCUCUGAAUGCCACUCAGGAGCUGUCCCCUGGCCCAGAGCCCCCACUUUUCAACGUAACCAACCUGACCCUGCUGCCUUCUCUCAGCGCUGAGAACGCGCCGGCCAACAAAACCUUUGGGGAUGUGCUGGAGGAAGUGAGACCACAAUAUCGAGAGAGAGAAGUUGCAAAAGUGACGUUUGUGGGUGCAAACCCCAGGAACUCAGCAGAGAAUGCGACUGAGCAUAACUUCCUGACGGUGGAGAGGUACUCCAACAUUUCCAGCAGCUGGCACGUGGUGCUGAACGACGCCUCCUGGGACACCAGGUUUUACUGGAGCAAAGGAUCCCGUGGCCAGAGCAAUGUGACCAUUGAGUGGCACAUCCCGGCUGGCACGGAGCCCGGCGUGUACCGGCUCCGCUACUUCGGGCACUACAAGAAGAGGGUGUCCCUCCUCCGUGUCAUCAGCGUCCCCUUUGAGGGCUCAUCCUCAGCAUUUCAAAUCACAGCUCCAUAGGUGACCCUGCUCCCUAAAGGGACAGGCAGGAGAUUUGGUGUCUGGGCUGUGCAGGGGUUGGACUUGGAUGGUUCUUGUGGGUUCUCUCCACCUCCAGAUGAUUCCGUGAUGUUCUGGACAUCACUGCUGCCCCUUGGGUGCUGCUGGUGCUCAUUUGAUGUGCAAACCUCGACUUCCUGGGAAGUUUUGGCUUUUCCCUGCAGCUGAGUUCCCUCAUGUGUCCUCAGUCAAGCGGUUUCUGUCCUGGCCAGGCCAGGUUUCAGCUGAUUUUUAUUGUAAUGAUGAUGUAAAUUCUUCUUUACUCAUUAAACUUGUGCCUACUGAUGGUGAAUAGGCUCUCCUGGAGGGAAUUAGAUGGAAAUCAGUAAGAACUGAAUUUAUGAGUUCAAGCUGUGGGUGAGGCUGCCCUGAACAGACCUCAGCCUCCUUUGCUGGAGCAUCAGGAAGGACCCAAGGCCAGCAGGUCACUCAGAGUCACCAGAAGGGUUUGUGGUUCCUCUCCAGCCCACACAAGAGUUCAUUGGAUUGUUACCAUUACAGGGUACAAGGACAGUGCCCAAACCUGUUGUCUGAAAGGGUUUCAUC